AUGUACGAGUCGAGCGUACAGCACGUCGUGGGCAGCCGGCCCAAGGUCCGAAGAGCAGGCGGCACUGCCACAAGCGCAUUGCAGAAUAUCAAGAACGCCGUGGGUCAGCGAAAAUGGAAAUACGUGAUCGGCGCGUGCUUUCUGAUAAGCGUCGUUGCCGUGGUGUUGCCCGCAAGCGCAGCCCGUUCUGCGAAGCGGUCGUCGCCUCGUCGUCAUAACGCCGCGCCCGCGCACAACACCGUCGCGCAGAACGAAGUGGCUGACGAGCAACGUGCGGCCUACCACGCACCCGCGGUCAACAAAAAGUCCCCGGCCCGUAAUCCCACUGACCACCACGUGGUCAAGGUGCGCAAGGCCGCACCAGCCGCCUCCGCGGCCAGGAAGCGAAGGCGGACGACGUCGCCUACCCGCAAGCCUCCAAACAUCGCCGAGGAGAAAGGUCGCGAAGAUGAGCCGGAGAAAAAUGGUGCUGCCAAUGAACCGGAGCCAGCGGCUGUCCAGGACGCACCUGAAGUGUUAACGCCCGCUGUGGUGGACAAGGACGGUACUCAGGCGUCUAAAAGCCCCACGACAAAAGCCGGGAAUGUUGAUGCUAUCGCCAAGAAAGUGGCUGUCCAUAGGCAAAGCGAGGCUCCGAGCAACGAGUCAAUCUUUCGUUUUGUCACGCCCACAUUGGCCAGUGACGCUGGCGACCAUAACGACGAGAACAUACGCCUGCCGAAGAGCGUUAGGCCAGUCUCUUACAAGCUCGUACUGUUGCCAGAGUACCAGGACCAGAGCAUGUCCUUCAAGGGCAGCGUGCGCAUCAUGCUGGAAGCCCUGGAGCCCACCAAGUUGAUACAGCUGCACGCGGCUAAUCUGGUCAUCAAUCGCGGAAACCUGACCCUGCGCUUUGCUUCGGGUGCGCCCGGACCCGACAUCCUGAGCAUACGCACUAACGACUUUUCCCAGUUCCUGUACAUCAACCUGGCCGAGGACCUUCUGGCAGGAGACAAGUACGAGCUGAACAUCUCGUUCAGCACGGUGGCUAUGUACGACAACGGCUUCAACGUGCGACGCUACCAGAGGGAGGAAGGCCCACCCGUAUGGGUCUAUGGCGCCAACUUUCUGCCCACCGAAGCCAGGCGCACCUUCCCAUGCUUCGACGAGCCUGGAAUCAAGGCUCCCUUCCUUAUUGAAGUCAUUCGACCCAACAACCUUCACACGCUCUCUAACAUGCCCCUCUCAGCAACGUAUAAAAAGCGCAACGACACGAAAGCAGAUGUGUUCGGCACGUCUUUUCCCAUGUCAACGUUCGCUACCGGAUUCUUCAUAUCCGACUUCGUGUCUUACGGAAACAGCACGAUGAAGCUUUGGGCGCGCCCUGGUGCUGCCAAGGACGUCGACUUCCUACUUACGAUGGGCCCACAGAUACUGCAGUUCUACGAAGAAUACUUCGCGUCACCGUAUCAACUACCAAAGACUGACAUUAUCGCCAUGGAGCAUUACAUCAGUGACAUUCAGAACAUGGGUCUCCUGUACUUGCCCGAGUCGAUCGCAUUCUACGAUGCCGAGGACUCGUCGAUAUCCAAGAGGCAGACUGUCAUGCUCUCCCUCUGUCACGCCUUCUCCCACGAGUGGUUUGGGAACCUGGUUUCUCCAGAGUGGUGGGACGACGUUUGGCUGAUGGAUGGAUUCGCAACGUACUUCCAGUACCGCUGUCUCGAGUACUUCGACCAGACUGCCAAAUCGUACGACCUCAUGCUCGUCAACGAGAUCGUUCCCGUCAUGAAGCACGACAUCAUGAAGUACGCCCCGGCAGUGGUUACAAACGUGGACACACAGUACAGGAUCUAUCAGUCAUUCAAUGUAUUCAGCACUCAAAAGGCCGUAGCCCUUCUGCGCAUGCUCGAUAUGGCUGUGGGAGAAGAGCACUUCAAGAUGGGCGUAUACAAAGUCCUCGACAAAAGGAUGUUCGGCAACGUGACCUCCGCAUUCGUGUGGGAGGCAUUUACAGAGGCGAUGCCGAAGAAGCGUCCCUUGAAAGUGGCGAACGUGAUGGAGCCGUGGGUGACACAGCCAGGAUUCCCAAUGCUCAUGGUUAAUCGCGUCUACGAUGAAAACGCAGCCACGCUUGUUCAGAGCAAGUUUGCUCUCGAACCGGAGGAACGGGAGUCGAGGUGA